GCGAUGGCGGCGGAGCGGGGCAUGGAGCUGGUGCGGGAGCUGCACCGCGCCGCCGGCGGGCACCUCCCGCCCUUCCGGACGGAGGAGCUGCGGCAGGCGCUGGAGGAGAUGCGGGCGCUGUACGAGCGGAACCAGGCGGAUGUGUCCGAAGCGAAGGCGGGACGGACGGACCUGAUUUUCCUCAUCCGGUUCCGGCACUGCUGCCUGCUCCGGAACCAGCGCUGCCUCCUGGCAUACCUGUAUGACCGGCUGCUACGGAUCCGAGCACUGAGGUGGGAGUAUGGCAGCGUUCUGCCCAACACCAUCCAGUUCCACAUGUCAGCUGAGGAAGUGGAGUGGUUCAAUCGGUACAAAAAGUCUCUGGCUACCUACAUGAGGUCAGUAGGAGGAGAGGAGGGGCUGGACCUCACACAGGACAUCAAACCUCCUAAAAGCCUGUACAUUGAAGUGAGGUGUUUAAGAGACCAUGGGGAGUUUGAGAUUGAUGAUGGCACUACCAUCCUGUUGAAGAAGAACAGCCAGGUACCUGUGGCAGGAGUGUGGUCUGUUCUCUUCCUUCCCUUUCACUCCCAUGACAUCCCCCUGGCCUUGCAGCAUGUCCCAAUCCCUGCACACACAGCUCCUUGUGCUGUCUGCAUGGUCCAGAGUGCAGCUCUGCCCGAUCUGGUACCAUGAGGCACUGGAUGUACAGCACAACAAACAGAGCUGGUUGUGUGCAGCAACAAAUCCAUGGAGGCUUUUUCUGUGUUUCUGUGCAGCACUUUUUACCCCGCUGGAAAUGUGAGCAGCUGAUCAGACAAGGAAUCCUGGAGCACGUUCUGUCCUGAGUGUGCAGGACAGGAGGGACAGCUCUUGGUGACCUGCCCACGAUGGGGACUGAGCUCUGGUGUGUGCAGGACUUCAGAGACCUCAGUAUUUACACCACCCAUCCCCUCCUCUGCAGUGGCACCCUGCCACUCCUCCUAACAGCCUUUGAUGCCUUAAAACCACAGCUCUUCAUGAGCAAAGGGUGCAUGCUGGUAAUACAGCAAUCCUGGGAAUCCAGGAUAGUGGGGGGACAUAAUCCAAGCCCCACAGCUACACCCAGGGUUUGUGAAUGCAUUUUUGUUUGGAGUAGUUCUUUGUUCACACUGUGCAUGUAAGACACCAGCUGGCUGGGCUCUAGAAGCCAGGAAAACUCCUUGGUUGCAAAAUAAAGAAUUUCUUCGGUCUCUUGGGUUUUUAA